ACCACGUCGCGUCUCGAUCUUAUCCGUAUUGAUCCAGAUAAACUCGACUUUAAUUUCCAAGAUCUCGGACUUAGCGAUCGCGGUUUUGCAAGCCGGUAGCUUUGUGAAGUGCUCGAACUAAACACAAUUCGGACAGAGAUUGUUGUAGUGUAGUGGCCAAAAUGAGCGGAAGUUCCAAUACGAAUUGCUCCAAGGAACGGGCCAAGCCGGUGGAGACCCUAGUGCUGGCCAACUAUGCCUUGAAAGCCGAACAGAAGAAGGCCCAGGGUCAGGGUGGCAGAAAGGAGGAUGAACGCAUUACAAGUGCAGUGAUGAAGGUCCUUGAAGGAUACGACUGGAAUCUAGUUCAGGCGUCAGCCAAGGCGCCCACGGAUCGCAAGAAGGAGCACAUCAAGCGCCCGAUGAACGCCUUCAUGGUCUGGGCCCAGGCAGCCCGUCGGGUCAUGUCCAAGCAGUAUCCGCAUCUACAGAACUCGGAGCUCAGCAAAUCGUUGGGCAAACUCUGGAAAAAUCUUAAGGAUAGCGACAAGAAGCCUUUCAUGGAAUUCGCCGAGAAGCUUCGCAUGACGCACAAGCAGGAGCAUCCCGACUACAAAUACCAGCCGCGUCGCAAGAAGGCGCGCGUUAUGCAGCCGCAGAGCCAAGGAGAAGGAGGAGCUCCUUCUGGAGCCGACACACCAUCAUCCAGUUCGGUUAACUCGAAGCCAAGGAAUAGCACUUCCUCCAUGGCAGGCAACGGCCAGAGGCGAGCUGGGAAGUCGGGAAGUGCAUCAGGAUUGGGCCUUUGUACGGCCGCCAGCUCCAAUUCCAGUUCCAGUGCAAAUUUGGCGCUGACCGGCAGCAGCAGCUCCGAUGUCUUCAGUAAUGAGGCCUUCAUGAAGUCCCUGAACAGUGCCUGUGCGGCCAGCCUGAUGGAGCAGGGUCUCAGCCUGGGCAGCGAAACGGGCCUGGAUUCACCCUGCUCGACUGGCAGUUCCCUUUCCUCGCUGACGCCCCCGGCCACGCCAUACAGUGGAGCCUCCUCCUCGGCAAACCACGGCCGCUCCACAGUUCCAGCUGCAGUGGCAGCAGCAGGCAAUAACCCGAGCCUCUUGCUGCGGCAACUGAGUGAGCCGGUGGCGAAUGGCUCAGGCCACGAUUAUGGAGUCUUGCUGGAGGCCGGCAGGGAGUACAUAGCUCUGGGUGAGGUCAAUUACCAGGCACAGGGAGCAACAUCGGCGGCAGGUCAGGAAAUGGACUUCCUGGAGAACAUCAAUGGAUAUGGCGGCUAUGCGGGCGGAAGGGUGAGUUACCCAGGCUAUUCCUACACUGCAACUGGGGGAGGAUUUGGCACGGAGCAGCAGCAGCACCACCACCAUCACCACCACCAGCAACCUCAGCCGGCGUCACAGGCCAGUGGAGCCUUAAAUUACAAGCCCACCAGUGCCUCCGUUGCCGCCGCCGCUGACAUCGAUCCCAAGGAAAUUGACCAGUAUCUCAUGGAUCAAAUGCUGCCCAUGACGCAUCAUCAUUCGCCGCCUUUGAACUCCUCUGCCUCGCUCUCCUCGGCCUGCUCCAGUGCUAGUUCGCAGCCGGUGGUGGAGUGUGCUGCCUACUAUGAGCACUUGGGCUAUCCCACAUCCACCUCCUCCUCCUCCAUUGGCAAUCAGGGCUCCCAGGGCUCGCCCUUUGCCCCACAGCAACCAUAUGCCAAUGGCAGUGCAGGAGUAACUGCCUCCCUGGCUCCCGCCUUGAGUGUUUCCUCUCCGCAGCAGCAGCAGCAGCAGCAGCAGCAGCAGGACCUGCAGCAGCCACUGCAGGAGCAGCAUCAGCAACAGCAUCAGAAUCCAUCGCAGCAUCAUCUGUGGGGCACUUACACUUAUGUCAAUCCCUAAGCUACUUAAUUUGCACAUUUGUUGCCCUGCACAGAGGGAAAUAAUAUUAGUAAAGUUGGAAGUCUCUGAAAUAUCUUAAGCUAAUAUUUGCUGUCCUAUUUUGGGUUGUCAAUGAAGAUUUAAAACCAUAAAAGUUCCUUAAGGCCAUUGAAAACUUGAAAAAAUAUUGUAUAUUUAUUCUAUUUAAAUGUAUAAAAGCUAAUGAUUCCCAAGUUGAUGUUAUUCUUAUAUAAAAUUCUGUAAAGGGUUUUUAUUUAUUUUUAUCAGCUUAAUACAUUUUAAGUUUUACCUAAAAAAUAAUCACCUUAUCAUAAGCUCUUUUAGGAAAAUUGUUUAACUGGCUUCUGUUAACUUGAUUGUAUUUUUUCCUCUGUGUAGGCACCCCUGUUCACCUCCAAAUUCCUCCCCUCUUUAUGGGUCACUCAGAUGGCUUUCGUUUAUUGGUUUAUUGUCUGUGCAAUGUCUGUGCAAGUGCGAGUGCUACUGUGUGUUUGUGUGUGUGUGCUUGGCUCGAGGGUCUCUUUGAAGAUUCCCAGCAAUUUAAGCUAAUCGCUGCGAUUUUCGUUUAUGGCUGCAUUUCUCUCCCUUCCUCCUCCCCGCAUCAAUAUGCGAUUCGAAUGCGAAUCGAAAAAGAAAUGCCAAGCCAAUAUAAUCAAAAUGGAAAUUGUUUCAUGAGUUGUUUUUGCUUUGGCGAAACAUAACCCAAUGGUUGGGGCUGAUAUCAUAGCUAAUUGGAAGCAAUAUAAACUAGUUAUUUUAUUGACAAUUUGAAUAAGUAAGCAAAUAAUAUUUAAACAAGCAAAGACAGUAUACGCAAGUGUGUAAAAAAUAUGUAAGAAAGCUAUGAAUAUGAACUAGAGUUCUAAGUAAAAUGUAUAGUUAAGAUAAAUUUGUAAAAACAAAUCCCAUCACAUCAA